AAAAUCUCUCUCUCUCUCCCUCUCACUGUGUAAACGAAACGACAAUAGAAACAUUCCCAAACCCCUUACUCUUCCCUCCACAGUUCCCUAUACCCAUUUCUCUGCUCCAUUAUUUCAUCCAAAAAAAAUUGUCUUUCACGUUACUACAAGACAAAGUUGGGUCCUUUUUCUGAGUUGGGUCGUUUGGCGUUUUGGGUUUUGGCGAUGGCUCGAAACCCAAGAGUCGUUGCGGCUUUUAAUGCAAUGAAGCGUUUGGAUAUCCCACCUGAGAAGGUGAAACCCGUGUUGAAGAAGCUAUUGGUGCUGUACAAUAUGAAUUGGGAUUUGAUUGAAGACGGGAAUUAUAGAACACUCAUAGACGCCUAUUUUGAGCUCAAUGAAGGUGGUGCCACUAGUGGCAAAGAUGAGGUUGAAGAUGAUGAAAGGUCACCAAAAAGAGUUAAACAACAGAGUUUAGUAGAAGGAAAAGGGAAGGAACCCAUUUCUUGUGGUGAUGAUGAUGUGGUUGGUGGAGAUGAUAUUGAUGUUGAUGAUCAUGUUGAUGAUGAUGCUGGUGGUGGUGAUGAUGCUGUGUGUAAUACUACUAUUACUAGUACUGAAAAUCCAAUGCUGUAUCAACCCAUUACAGUUCUCCCUCCUCCAGCUCGUCCAAGGUCCUCAAAUGGUUCAACUGCGAAACCUAUUGUCAAGGUUCUGCCUCCUCAUUAUGUGCUUCUUGGCGAUGACAAUGACAAUUCAGUGGGCACUGGCCAUACAAGCCAUGAGACUGAUUUUGGUAUUGCUUCUUCAUCCUUGGGAGGAGUGAAAAUCUUAUUGAAUUGUGAUUCUGCACUUCGUCAAAUGAAUUUUCGUAUUCCAAAGUUAGACUCAGUUCUGAAAUAUGUGGAGGAUAAAUAUUUCAGAUCAGGGAAAAUUGUUGGGCCCCAGUUUUCUGUGAGAAUGUUGUUGAAGGAUUUGUGUGAAAGUUAUUUGAAGCUGGGUACAAAUUCUCCUGAUAGAUCUACUGCUGUUAACUCUUCUUCUGAUGUGAUUAUAGAUGUCCGUGAUGCCUCACGUAUUACUGGACCAAAGAAGAGAGCUUUUGCAGUACGUACUUCUGAAACAGAUUCAAAUCGAAAGGGUUCAGGCAGUUCUAGGCAUACAAAUUCACGAAAUCUGGUUCAUGAUGGGAACAGGGCCUUCUGUAAUAUACUUGACAUAACAAAAGGUGCAGAAAAAGUGAAAAUAUCAUUGGUUAAUGAAGUUGGCAGGGAGCAGCUCCCAAAAUUCAAUUACAUUCCACACAAUAUAAUUUAUCAGAAUGCUAAUGUAAAUAUUUCAUUGGCUCGGAUUGCGGAUGAGGAUUGCUGUGAGGAUUGUUCAGGAGACUGUCUUUCAUCAUCAAUUACUUGUGCAUGUGCUCGAGAAACUGGUGGAGAGUUUGCUUACUCGCCACAAGGCCUGCUGAAAGAAGAAUUUCUAAGCGCUUGUAUCUCUAUGAAGCGAGCACCUCAAGAUCACCAUUUUGUUUAUUGUCAAUACUGCCCAUUAGAGAGGAUGAAGAAUGAGGACAUGCCUGAACGAUGCAAGGGCCAUUUGGUCCGUAAGUUCAUUAAAGAAUGCUGGAGAAAAUGUGGAUGUGACAUGCAGUGUGGUAAUCGAGUAGUGCAGAGAGGCAUAACACGCAAGUUGCAGGUGUUCUUGACUCCUGAAGGAAAAGGAUGGGGUAUCAGAACACUUGAGGACAUCCCCAAAGGAGCCUUCAUAUGUGAAUAUAUAGGGGAAGUACUAACCAACAUGGAGUUAUACUAUCGGAUUCUGCAAAGCAGUGGCAACGAGAGACAUACGUACCCAGUAACACUUGAUGCCGAUUGGGGCUCAGAAGUAGUUUUAAAAGAUGAGGAGGCACUUUGUUUGGAUGCCACAUGUCAUGGAAACGUUGCAAGGUUCAUCAACCAUAGAUGCUUUGAUUCGAACUUGAUUGAUGUUCCAGUUGAAGUGGAGACUCCUGAUCGUCACUAUUAUCAUCUUGCCUUUUUUACUACAAAGAAAGUGCGUGCUUUUCAAGAACUGACAUGGGAUUAUGGGAUAGACUUUGCUGAUGAAAAUCAUCCCAUUAAGGCAUUUCAAUGUCGUUGUGGAAGUGAAGUCUGCCGAGACAAGAAACAUAAAAGGAGCUAGAUCAAUGGGUAUAACACUUAGAUGAAUAAUUGACAAGAUCAUUUUCUGAAGGACAAUUCUCUUUUUUCUGCAACUUCCUACCAAUUAAUACAGAAGUAACUACAAGAACUUUCAUGAAGAGAGAUUUUUUUUUUCCAAAGAUAAAGUUUUGGAGAUGUCUGAGGAUAUUUUGGGAAGUUUAACGAUGAUAUGUUUCACUAUAUCAUACAUAGAGCUUUUGAAUUUCUGUAGUUGUCCCUGUCAAUGUUAGAGCGGAAGCAGCCACAUGGAGAGUAUUUGUUUGUUUUUGGCUCAAGUCCCUCACACAUUUGUUAUAGCAUACCACAUGGACCAGAAUUGAUGCAUGUCCUACAGCAGACAGACAUUUUUAGGUGUAGAUUUUAUGCUUUUUCCCUCCUUAGAAUUUUUUUUUUUUUUUUUGAGAAA